ACAUAAUAAGUAAAUACAAAAGAAAGUAAGAAGCGAGUAUCACGCCCCAGCAAAUAGGUUCCCUCCCUCCUUUCUCUACGGUGCGUUCGUAGGUCGAGCGAUCCGCCUUCAACGUCAAUUCUGAGCUCUUUCUCCUCAAUUCUCACUCACAAUGGAGACCUGCCCUUCAGUUAAGAACAUUCUGCUUCUAGAUUCCGAAGGAAAGCGUGUUGCUGUGAAGUACUACUCAGAUGAUUGGCCAACAAAUAUUGCAAGGGAAGCUUUUGAGAAGGCUGUGUUUGCCAAGACACAAAAGACUAAUGCCAGGGCAGAAGCGGAGAUAACAAUGUUUGAUAACUAUAUUGUUGUUUACAAGUUUUCCCAAGAUCUUCAUUUCUUUGUUACCGGGAGUGACAAUGAAAAUGAAAUAAUCCUUGCCAGUGUGCUCCAGGGGUUCUCUGAUGCUGUUGGUAUUCUUCUUAGGGGCAACGUAGAGAAGAAGGAGGCACUUGAAAAUUUGGACCUUAUUCUUUUGUGUCUUGAUGAAAUUGUUGAUGGCGGAAUUGUUCUUGAAACGGAUGCAAAUGUUAUUGCCGGGAAAGUGGCAAGCAAUAGCGUGGAUUCUGGGGCACCUUUGUCAGAGCAGACAAUAAGCCAAGCAUUGGCAACUGCACGAGAACAUUUAGCAAGAUCUCUUCUCAAAUGAUUUGUUGGGUCAACAAAAGAAAGGGAAACCAAGGCUUCGCAAGCAUUGAUUUCCUCCUGAAUGAACUAAUCGAUGAGCAUCAAGUUGCAUAUGUUUUAGAUCUUAUACUUCCAACUUAUGCCCAGUCUCUUGUUUCUACAUCUUUCGACUUAGUUGAACACAUUAAGAUGUAAUGCAAACUUGAUGCUUGUGUAGUGAGGGGGGAAGAACUCAUUUGCAAUGUGGAUUGUGACCUCACAUAGUGUCUUUUCCUGAUUUCCUUUUCUUGGUUCCUUAUUAUUUGCCUUUAAUGUAGUUAAUUAUUUUGGUUCA